GUUUCUCCACCUUUUUAAUCAAGCCCCAUUUCACACAACGACCUGGAGACCUGGUCGUCAGAUGGCUGCGCCCAAACAUAACAUAGUCUGGAAGACUCCGUGUCCCGACAAGCUUCACGGGAGGUGUGAGCGUGAAUGCACAGGGCACGUAUUUCCAGGGAAACGUAUUUCCGCCCUCUGUUGCCUGUGGUCUCUGCAAGAAGUGGACUCAGUUUCCCGGGUGGCGCUGCGGCACCGGUUCGUAAAUCUCAUUCUCCGCCUACCAGAGUUUGAACUCUUGAGCGGCACUUGUCACUGAUUUAGUGGUGAUACCGUCCUUGAUUUGUGGAUGUCUCAACCAAAAUUCGGUUCAUUCUACACUCUGUAUCUGUGUAUAAUCUAGGUUUGUUGUUUUGUUGUUCUUGUUGUUUUAUCUGCUUUCCAAGUACUCCGUUCCGUAGUUCUAGAUUCGCAGUAUUGGUAUCGUACUGUAUCUGGAGCCCUAGUAUAUUCCCGCUUUCCUCAUUUCCAUCUAACUCUGUGGCUUGUCCUGGGCUGUUCCGCGGGUAUUUCGGUCUGGGAGAGCAAGAACAGGAGAAGUCACGGACGCAAUUUCAAGUGCUCCAGGAUGAGCAGGAGCUCUAGCUGGUCUGAUCAGCUUCAAGCAGUUCUCAGUUCAACUGAUGAAAAUAUGGCCCGAAUUAAGAGUUUGUAUCCUCUUCGAGUUUCCUCUACAGGGGACCUGGCUGACACCUGGAUUUCCCCUCAUCACUUGCCUCCUCAGCCAGGGGCCCAAGCUCAACAGCCUUGGGCUCUAAAGACUCCCAUUCUUGGUGAGAGUCUGAGCUGUACUGAAGCCCACAGCUCCUCUCUCUGGGAUGAAGUUACUAAACUCCGCUCCCAGCUUCAGACUCAGACUCAGGUGACUGAGGCACUAAGGCAUUCUGUGCAGAGCCUGUUGAAGGAUCGGGAGCAGCAGAUGUUCAAGAUCAGUGCUCUAGAAGCAUCACUAAAACUGCUGCAGGAGGGUCCAAAAGGGAGAGCCCUCCUGGAGCAACGCCUGGAAGGAUUGAGAAAAGAACUGCAAGGCCUUCGGAGUCAGGUUCAGGAGCUAGUCCAAACCCAAAUGAGAACAAGACCAGGAAAGUUCAGCACUGCCAGUGGCUUUCACCAAGAGCUGCAGAACGAGCACCAACUUUUGUGGGAAGAGUCAGAGAUUCUUCGGGAGGAGCUGAAGUUGCUUCGAGACCAGCUGAGCCAACAUCAGGAGUUGUUACUGGAACAGAUGGCUGAAGGGCGCCAGGUUCAGGCCCGCAGCUGGAAGACGUUGGAACACCUACAGAGUGGCCAGAUGGGCAAGGUUCAUACCUUGGAGGUUACCAGGACAGAGGCCCAUGAUGCCCAGAAGGAAGAGCCCUAUCUCCUCAGGAGCUCUGUUCAUGCCCGGCAGUCUAAGCUGCCUCUGGCCACCAUCUUCGACAUGUCUCUUUCUUCAUCUAGCUCUGAAGUCAGUCUCCCAGACUGUGACCGUAGCUGGGAACUUUUAAAGAAACUAGAUAGGGAACUCCAGAACAACUCCCUUUCUAACCUGGAACCCAGCAGCUCUCAGUUCCAUGCCCAGGAUGUUGGGCAAGAAGACCUGUUCCUUCAUGGCCCCAGAAUCUUCUAGAGUGACCUGUAAGAGCUUGUGAGAAAAUGAGAUGCAGCUUCUCUCCAAGGCCGCCUUUGCAUCCCCUCUGGUACGUGCCCUCUUUACGGAGGCAUCUCACUCUCCAGCCAUUCCUGCUCCCCAGCUAAUUCAAAAUAAAGUGGCUUAGUUCUC